AAAAAAGCGAAACGGGCUGGCCAGGCGAAUUACCCAGUGAACCGUGUGCUCUAUUAGUGAAUGCAAAAAUCGAAUAAAAGUGCAAUGCAGUGACAGGCAACAAAGUGGAUCAAGAGCCAAGGAAACGCCCAAAGAAGUUGUAUAAGAAAGGGAAUCCUUUCCCCGAAUAAACCCCAUAACCCCCGCUAAACCCAUCCAAAGAUCAUGGUCGUAGUUCCCGCUCUGGGCGCCGCCGCCGUUUCCGUGGGCGGUCUGCUCUUCAAGGCGAGUGCCGCCUCCAAGGCGGCGGCGGCAGCGGGCGUGGCAGCGGCGGGCGCGUCCAAACUGGGCCUGGCCAUCGCCGGCGCUAUUAAGCUGGCCACCGCUGUCAUUGGCGUCGGCAAACUGACCAUCCUGCCCUUCCUGAUAGCGGCCAUCGCCUACUACAACUACGAUCUCUUCGAUCCGGAGAAUCGACCCUUCAAUGUCCAGCAAGUGGAGGUCGCCUACGACUUCAUCAUCAUCGGCGGCGGUUCGGCGGGCACGGUCCUGGCCUCCAGACUAUCGGAGAUUCCCCACUGGAAGAUCUUGCUCUUGGAGGCCGGAGGUCAUGAGACUGAAAUCUCCGAUGUUCCUCUGCUCUCGCUCUAUUUGCAUAAAAGCAAAAUGGAUUGGAAAUACCGAACCCAACCCCAAUCGACGGCCUGUCAGGCGAUGAAGGACAAACGCUGCUGUUGGACGAGAGGAAAGGUUUUGGGUGGCUCCAGUGUGCUCAACACGAUGCUCUAUAUCAGGGGAAAUAGACGGGACUUUGACCAGUGGGCGGAUUUCGGAAAUCCAGGAUGGUCAUACGAGGAGAUCCUGCCCUAUUUCAGGAAGUCUGAGGACCAGCGGAAUCCCUACUUGGCCAGGAACAAGCGCUACCAUGGCACAGGUGGCCUUUGGACAGUUCAGGACUCCCCGUACAACACACCCAUUGGUCCGGCUUUCCUGCAGGCUGGCGAGGAGAUGGGCUACGACAUCGUGGACGUGAAUGGAGAACAGCAGACGGGCUUCGGAUUCUACCAGUUCAACAUGCGACGCGGUUCGCGCAGCUCCACGGCCAAAUCCUUCCUGCGACCAGCUCGUCUGCGAUCCAACCUCCAUGUGGCCCUUUUCUCGCACGUGACUAAGGUGCUCACAGAUCCCCAUACGAAACGGGCGACGGGAGUUCAGUUCAUCCGGGAUGGAAGAUUGCAGAAUGUCUACGCCACCAGGGAGGUGAUCCUGUCGGCGGGAGCCAUAGGAUCGCCACACCUGAUGAUGCUUUCGGGGAUCGGACACGGCGAGGAGUUGGGCCGGUUGGGCAUUCCCCUGGUGCAGCAUUUGCCGGGCGUGGGACAGAAUCUUCAGGAUCAUAUUGCCGUCGGCGGCAUAGCCUUCCUCAUCGACUAUCCCAUUUCGAUUGUGAUGAAGCGUAUGGUGAAUAUCAAUACGGCUUUGAGGUAUGCCAUUACGGAGGAUGGCCCCCUGACCUCCAGCAUAGGUUUGGAGGCAGUGGCCUUCAUCAACACCAAGUAUGCGAAUGCCAGUGACGACUGGCCCGACAUGAACUUCAUGAUGACCUCGGCCUCGGUGAUGUCGGACGGGGGCACCCAGGUGAAGACGGCCCACGGCCUGACCGAUGAGUUCUACCAGGAGGUCUUUGGGGAGGUCAACAAUCGCGACGUCUUUGGUGUUUUCCCCAUGAUGCUGAGGCCCAAGAGUAGGGGCUACAUAAAGCUGGCCUCGAAGAAUCCGCUGCGAUAUCCGCUGCUGUACCACAACUACCUCACCCAUCCGGAUGAUGUGAAUGUCCUGAGGGAGGGCGUCAAGGCGGCCGUGGCCAUGGGUGAAACGGAGGCGAUGAAGAGAUUUGGGGCCCGAUUCUGGAAUAAGCCCCUGCCGAACUGCAAGCACCUGACCCUGUUCACCGACGACUAUUGGAAUUGCUUCAUCAGGCAGUACACGAUGACGAUAUACCAUAUGAGCGGGACGGCCAAGAUGGGUCCACCCUCGGAUCCCUGGGCGGUGGUGGAUCCUCAACUGAGGGUCUACGGCAUUCCGGGGCUAAGGGUCAUAGAUGCCAGCAUAAUGCCGGCCAUCACGAAUGGCAAUAUCCACGCACCGGUGGUGAUGAUCGGCGAGAAGGGCGCCGAUAUGAUAAAGCAACUGUGGCUGACCCCCACCACUGGCCCGGCGGGGGUCCAAGGUCAGGGACCGAGCCCGCGGCAAGGUCACAAUACCAGCCCCCCGCCACGAACCCAGUGGCGGAGUAGACGAUCGUUAAAUUCAACCAGUGAAAACUUGGACAUUGGAACAUCACCAGUUCAUCAAUGGCCACUGCCAAGGUCGUAG